UGGUUCAGCAUCAGUUUUUGUCAGUCAGUCUUAAGACUCGCAACACAGACCAAAACAAUUAAAAAUGUUCAAAUUGGUGGUGUUGUCCGCUCUCGUAGCCGUUGCCGUAGCUAAACCAGGCCACUUGGCUUACACUGCUCCAGUAGUAUCCACCUACGCUGCAGCUGUGCCAGCCGCCGUGAGCACCCAAUUCAGAAGUGACAUCGUCAGCCAGCCAAUCGUAGCCGCCUCCCCAGUCGUAGCUGCCGCCGCCCCCGUCGUAGCCAAGACUGUCGUAGCUGCCGCCCCAGCUGCCGUUUCCACCCAAUAUAGAAGCGACGUCAUCAGCAAACCAGUCGUAGCUGCCUACUCCGCCCCAGCCGUCGUAGCCGCCGCUCCAGCCGUUGCCGCCGCCCCAGUCGUAGCCGCCAAAACCGUAGUAGCCGCCGCCCCAGCUGCCGUAUCCACCCAAUUCAGAAGCGAUGUCAUCAGCAAGCCUGUUGCUUACGCUGCCGCUCCAGUAGUAGCUGCCGCUCCAGUAGUAGCCGCCAAAUCCGUAGUAGCCGCUGCUCCAGCUGUUGUAGCUGCUCCAGCCGCCGUCAGCACCCAAUACAGGAGUGAUGUUGUAAGCAAACCAAUCGUUGCUGCUGCCUACAGCGCCCCAGUAGUAGCUGCUGCUCCAGCUUUGGCCUACUCUGCUCACGGUAUUCACGCUGCCCCAUUGGCCUACUCUGCCCCUGUUGUAGCUCACCAAUGUCAGUUUCAAGACUCGCAACACAGACCAAAACAAUUAAAAAUGUUCAAAUUGGUGGUGUUGUCCGCUCUCGUAGCCGUUGCUGUAGCCAAACCAGGAUACCUGGGUACUUUCGGAUAUUCGACCCCACUGGUUUCUUCUUAUUCAUCUGCCGUAAGCUCCCAAUACAGAAGUGAUGUAGUCAGCCAACCAAUCGUCGCCGCCGCCGCCCCAGUUGUCGCCGCUGCCGCUCCAGUUUUGACCAAGACCGUAGUAGCCGCCGCCCCAGCUGCCGUAUCCACCCAAUACAGAAGCGACGUCAUCAGCAAACCGGUAGUGGCUGCCUACUCCGCUCCAGCUGUCGUAGCCGCUCCAGUAGUUGCCAAAUCCGUAGCCGUGGCAAGCCCCGCUGUAGUAGGUACUCCAGCCGCCGUAUCCACCCAAUACAGAAGUGAUGUCAUCAGCAAACCAGUCGUAGCCGCUUACGCCGCCCCAGCUGUCGUAGCCGCUCCAGUAGUUGCCAAAUCCGUAGCCGUAGCCAGCCCCGCUGUUGUUGCUGCCCCAGCCGCCGUAUCCACCCAAUACAGAAGCGAUGUCAUCAGCAAACCAGUAGUAGCCGCUUACGCCGCUCCAGCUGUAGCUACUUACGCCGCUCCAGCCGUAGCUACUUACUCUGCUCCAGCUGUAGCUGCCGUAGCUGCUCCAGCCGCUGUGUCUACCCAAUACAGAAGUGAUGCUGUAGUAGCUGCCCCAGCUUUGGCUUACUCCGCUCCAGUUGUAGCCAAGUCUGUUGUCGCUGCUGCUCCAGUAGCUUACUCUGCUGUAGCUCAGCAAUGGUAAUGAGAGGACUGACAAAUAGGAUAUUUAACUUUUAAUUUAAUUUAAUAAAUCAAUUCCCCUACA